UGCUGUGCGUGCAGGGGUAUUCAGCGCGCGCCACAUGUGUCACACGCGGCGUAUACGCAACGCAGCACGGUUAUAAGUCGAAAAAGACGUAAUUUUCGCCAGCUAUAAACGAACAAGAAACGAAAAAAAAAAUUGUAGGAAAGAAUACAAAUUAUAUAUUUGCACUUAAUGCUGGUAAUUUCCACGAACAAUAAAACUGCAACGGCGUUAAUUUGCCCUAUAAAAUGCGACUACUAACGGAGCCAUAAAUAUCAUCAGCUAGCGAGGCAGCGAGCAAUGAAACUGGAUUUCUUCGGGACAAGACAAAGCCAGGCUAAAAAUCAACGGGAAAAAAAAAGACGGGAAACGCAGCGCUCGGCGGGUGGCACGCCGCAUUUAGAGGCAGUCAAACUGGCAGUGCUUCCUGCCCCAGAGUCCUUGUGGUACUUCUGCUGCUGCCAACCGGUUUCCUGCGUUCGCCGCCUUGAACCUUCAGCCUUCAGCCGAGCACUUCCGCUUCUUAUCGCGGCAAUGUAAACGCGUUUCCGUUUGGGUCUCAAUCCGAAGGCUCAUUCCCGGCAUUGGGAGCGACACUAAACUAGCGGCUCUGCGCUGGAUUACAAGUAAAUUGGAAAGGAUUUGAGGAUGAGCCUGCUGCGCCUGCUUGGAGCCCUGCUGCUGGCCACAUUCAAUGGAAUGGCGCCUCUGCCCGCGGAGGGAUUGCACCUGUCGAACCUAUCCGUGCCGCGAAUUAUCGACGUGUCCCAAAAGGCGAAACUCUUCUGCAGCUACGCGAUGGGCAAUCGGACGCUGAACUCUGUCAAAUGGUACAAGGAUGGCCUCGAGUUUUUCAGAUACUCGCCGCUAACUCCGCCGACAACAAAUUGGUUCCCCGUUAAAGGUGUCACCAUUGCCAACGGUUCGCCGCAUUGCAAUCAAUUCAUCUGCAACGUAGAGCUGGAGAAGCUCAACGCCAGCUCGUCCGGCCAGUACAGAUGCGAGGUCUCUGGCGAUGCGCCCGAGUUCAAGUUGAUCGAUCAGUCGGCCAAUAUGACAGUCGGUGUUCUACCAAAACUGGGUCCUUUUAUAACUGGCUGGCGACAUGCCUACAAAUACCGCGACACUCUAUUAGCCAACUGCAGUUCCGAUUGGUCAAGUCCAGCGUCAAAAUUGAUGUGGUACAUCAACAAUAAGACGGUCCCUGGGUACAGCUUGCAGCCGCAAAUUAACGAAGUCACACGCAACACCGAUGGGCUCCACCUGUUCAUCAGCCACCUGCAGCUGCGCCUGCCACUCGAGGACCAGAGGUUCAUCAGCAAGAGUGAGGUGCUGGAACUGCGCUGCACCGCGGACAUCAUGGGGCUAGCUAGUGUAAGGAGAGAGAGCCGGGUCCGAACCACCGUCCUUGCCCUAAAGGAUGCCGGCUACAACCAGCGUCUCACCGAAAACGGUUCCUGCAUCAAUGGCCAACCAGCUUCUCUCGCCGCCUGGCUGCUAGGGAUUGUCCAUUUUCUACGCUGGCAUGGCACCCAAAGUUAGUGGCUAGCUUUAACGGGUUGUCUAUUGUUAGCAUAAGUUUCCGGGAAUCAACUAUAAGUGGAUACACAUCUUGGAAAACAAUCAACAGUCCGGCAGAGGUGCCAACAUAAAUUGGAUUCUUUGCACCAUUUCGAGCCAAGUGAAAAGUUAACAAGCCAAGGCAGCAACAGUUGAAUUUGUAUAUAGUCGAAAUUGAAUUAGUUAAGGUCCAUGCAGGAAGCCCAGCCAUUUCCUAUAUAAGUGUAAAACGAAACAAUUAUUUAUGUGUAAACCAGCCAAUGGAAAAUAAAAUCCAAAAAUCAUCACAGAAUGAAAAGCAUAAAAUAUUAAUAUUCUAGGUAUCUAAACGUAAUAUUUGCUACCAAAUACUAUUAAAUGUCAGAAUUAUUUCAAUAGAAGUGAAAAAUUCGAAUAUCAACAAAUUUACACAUGAAUAUUUGAGCACGGAAAAUGGAACACACACAAUCAAUGGCAAGUAAACUUAAUUAUUGUAUGUGAAUUGUUAAUUGUAUUAAAUGAUGUAUGGGAAAUAAAUAAAUACGAAUAAAUAUAUGUAU